GCAUGGUCGGCGUUGGUGGCCUAGGCAAGAGCAUAGCAAUGCUAGGCCCCAGCAAAGAAGCAGACAUAGAGGCAGAUUUGAUGGAAAUUCGGAGGGGCAGCAAACGGCGUAGAGCAGCGGCCGUGUCUUCUGGCAAGGUUUCGUAGGCGCAUGUUCUCUUUGAUUUUGAAAUUGUACCAUAUCUUAUCAUCGGAAGUCGGAAGUCGGAGACUUCUGUUUACCCGUAGGGCCGUAAGCGGACCGUGGGUCCCGGGUUGCCCUUUGAGUUUGAUCCCGUAGUGUUUCACUUUGUGCACAUGGACGAGUCUGAGAUCCCCCCUCCUGCUAAACGCGUGUUUCCACCGUUGUAUGUAUCAACCGGUGAUGCGUCCAUCGACAGGCUGGCAUUCUUCCACGUGCUAGAAAGAUUAAAGACUCAAAAGCGCACAGGAUGGAUCGAUAACAAGGAACCAAAUGCAGAGAGUAUAUCAGAUCACAUGUAUCGCAUGGCUGUACUCGCCAUGUGUACAUCUGACAGCGCGCUUGAUGUUUCAAAAUGCGUUAUGAUGGCUAUCGUGCAUGAUCUUGCUGAAGCACAAGUGGGAGACAUCACACCUCGAGAAGGUAUCUCGAAACAGGAGAAACAGCGCUUAGAGGCGGAAGCGAUGCAUAAUUUCGUGCAUGAUAUGCUCCAUGGUUCUCCAGCAGCACUACGGAUUGAAGCUCUCUGGAACGAAUAUGAGGAGGGGGAAACGGACGAAGCGAAGUUCGUCAAAGACCUUGAUAGACUGGAGAUGGCUCUGCAAGCACGCGAAUACGAAAUGGCGCAUGCGCUGGAUCUUCAGCCGUUUUUCGAUUCCAGUUUGCCUCACUUGCGUCAUCCGGAGGUCAAACGUUGGGGUGAGAAUUUGGCACAGAGCCGUUCGCAGUCGCGCUAGCUGGAACUAGUCGAUAUGAUCGUUGAACGCAUGUUUAUCUUGCCGAUUACAUCAUUCGCGGAGCGCCUGUAACUGCAUUAUGCAAUGAAUUUGUGAAGGAAUGACGUUCCUUGCGUAUAAUGUUUCAAGACGGAAGUUUG